AUGCCGUUUGCGAUCCCACCAAAGCUUCACCGCCGAUUUCAUCUCCAAAUCGAUAUCUCUUCUUUAUUUCGCUCAAUCCAGACUGAUCUGUUGUCCCGGCAAAGAUUGUCCGCGGAUUCCAAUCUAAACAAGGUAUGUGUUCAUCCUCGUACUGUGAGAUCACAUUCCCAAGCUGUGCUUGUACUUAUCUCUCUUCUCCGAUCAGGAUCACUUGGAGUGAAGAGACAAGCUGCAACCGGCUUGGGUUCACUCUGCAAGGAGAAGGAACUUAGAGUUAAGGUGUUACUUGGGGAAUGCAUUCCGCCGUUGCUUGGUCUUCUCAAGUCCAGUUCAGUUGAAGGACAGAUCGCUGCAGUUCAAGCUGGGGGAGUGGAUGUACUUGUGAAGCUGCUUACAAGCGGGAAGUCAAGUACAGUCUCUAAUGUGUGCUUCCAUCUUGCGUGUAUGAUGAUGGAGGAUGCCUCCGUUUGUUCCAGUGUUUUGACUGCUGACAUUAUAAAACAGCUUCUCAAGUUAUUAGGAUCAGGCAAUGAAGCCUCAGUUAGGGCAGAGGCUGCUGCUGCUCUCAAGUCGCUUUCUGCUCAAUCUAAAGAAGCAAAGAGAGAAGUUGCUAAUUCUAAUGGUAUUCCUAUUUUAAUAAAUGCAACAAUAGCCUUGGCUUCAGCCUUGAUGAUAUAUGAUGGCAAAGCAGAAACAACCAGGGCGUCAGAUCCAUUAGUCUUUGAGCAGACUCUGCUGAAACAGUCUAAGCCUCGUUUACCAUUUCUUAUCCAAGAACGUACCAUUGAAGCACUUGAAAGUUUGUAUGGGAAUUCGAUACUUUCUGUUAAACUUUCUAACUCGGAUGCAAAACGUUUGCUUACUAAGAUACAACAUUUGUUCUAG